CCGCUCGGGCCCUGUGCCUGCGUCUCAUGUUGUUGCUUAUCCUUAGUGUGAGUUGAAAACUUGUGACCGCGCCGUGGCGCCUUUCAGCUUUUCCAUGUCAAAUCUUCAGUUUAACCUCUUUCCUCAAUGUCGCGGGUGAUUUUUCAUCAGAUCGUCGCACCUAUCGGAAUUGUGUAUUGCUUUUGAUGCUCGUGUGAUACUGCUGUCUUUGGAUACCCUUCUUUGUGUGCGUGAGAUUUCGAUCAAGUCACCGCAGUGUUUUUGAUUUCAAGUGUGCAUGUUUAAAUUCAAUCAUUAACUUGAGCUGAUUAUCUCAUUACCUAUUUCAAAGUGUCGAGACCGUGUUUGCAAGGGCCUCGAGUCCGAAUCCAAGCCGCGAUUGCUUUCACGAAUGUAGAUUCAAUUGUGUUCUGGUGAAGUGUCCAACAUGUGAUUACCCAUCGAGGAAGUCCGCUACUGUGGACGUAGCUCUGCGUCCGAAGGAUUACGUGUUACUUGAAAAAUGUGUCCGCGAUGAUCAUGCGGGAAGUGUUCAACCCAGCUGAGAAAAAGGUUUGUAGCGCGCAACAGCGGAGUUCAAGGGAACUAAGUGCGUUACUCGGGGAGAUCGAUGGUUCAGAAUCACGUGAUGGUUUGCGGGAACGAAAGUCUCGAUCUUCAAAAAGUGCGGAUACUUCGCAGGUCCCGACCAAGCGGGGCAGGGACGAGAGGGAUCAGAGUCUAGAGCUAGACUCAGGAAACAGGAAACUUCGCAAAAGAUCCAAGCACCGGGGGAGCUCUCCAUCUUCGGCGAAGCGGAAAAAGUCGAAGCAUAAACACAGAAGGCAUGACCAAGACAGGCCGAAAGUCGAGGCAUCAUCGGUAAGUCCGAGAGUGAACCCUAUCUUUCUAUGGGUCAGACAGGAUAACACGAAAAUUUUGGAAGUCGUAUGUGAGGACUAUGAUAAGAGGAACCGCAUAAGGUUAACUAAAACGCCAAAUGGCUGGCGCGCCAUUCCCCGCACGGAGCUUUUGGUCUCUGCCAUCAGCCGAUCUAAUUCAGUAUCUCAAACCCCAGCAUCAAAUGAUGCACGACUAGUCAACACACAGCCGUUAAGUAACUGCAAAUCUGCUGAUGCAGAAUCAAUUGAAACCAAAGAUAAUAGUCAAGGUGCUAUACAUACCGAGAAUCCUUUCAAUGCAUCAGACCGCCGUAUUUUGGAUGGUCAAACUGACCAGGAUGCGGCUCCAUGUAAAGAUACCACUAGCAGCAUUGAUGAGCCGAUAGAGGACGACUCUCGAACUCCAAGAGCAGAUGCGAAGGAAUUGGUUGCUCGGCCACUUGAGAGUGAUUCUGAGGAAAAACUCCCACCCAAAGACGAGGGUCAGGUAGAUGUUCAGAGUUCUUUGAAUUCUGUUUGUGAUAAAGUUGUUGAUUCUGUUGAUAGGUUAAGUGACGAAAGUGAGGUUGUUGAUACUGAAACUGCAGUAAACUCUGUCGUUUCUCAUGUUGGUGCUAGUGCCCCCGAAUUGAAAGAUUUCUCUGACCAUGAGACGUGCGAUGGCAAUGAGACUAAAAACGAUGCUGAAGAAGCUGUUACUGAGAAAUCGAGCACAGUGGUUAUUGAGGCUGAACAGAAAUCGGAUCAGGUUCAUCUCUUAGAGAGGGAGUCUGAAACAAUGGAAAGUCAUGCCGAGAUCUCAUCUAGUGAAGAUAUUUGUAAAGAUCAAAACAGUGAACAUCCUAACAAUCAGGAUCAGUUAGAGGAACGUGUCUCUGAGGAAAAUCGCUCAACAAUCAUCAGUGAUAAGCUGAAUCAAGAUAGCAUUGAUGUUUCCAGCGAGGAGGUAGAUUCUUCAGGUUUGAAGGACAGUCCCGUAAAAUCGGAAAAAUCUGUAGUCCCUAUUGAAGAAUCCGAAAACUCAAUUCAAUUCUCAUCUUCUGAUUCUGAGUCCACGGAACUGAGUACACUUCCUGUAAAAAUUAAAAGAGAGGAUGCUGUAGAUAUCUGCAAUAAUUUUAUAUUCUCUGGUCAAGAUGAAGACUUAUCGAAAGUAAAAUCCCUGAUGAAGGAUGUACCAGAUUUGAGCAGUCAAUCAACAAAAAAAGAAGAUCUAGGGGUCUUGAAUGAUGAUUCAGCCCAAGAUUUAAGCCAUACUACUGAAAAAUCAUCUGAUUCUUGUACAAAAGUUGUACGUAAUUUAUCUCCAACAUUGAAGAGUGAUAUUCUUUCAAUUGACAAAUUAUUACCUACCAAAUGCGAGGUGAAUCAACGAACAGAUGAAGAAGUUACUAAAUCAGGCAUGGACGUCGAGAUGAAGGACCCUGGCUCUAAAAAGACUGAUUUAUGCACGAAAACUCAAGCUUCAAUUAUCCAAAAUAACCCCGUGGAAAUGAAAACUGACAGUGCAUUGGAGAGCAUUCUAGAUUUAACAGACCCAGACUCUGAUAUACCUUUGCAUCAAAAAUUAAGACUACCCGAAGGUACUACAAUUAGUCACAUUUCGAGCGAGGCAAAGAAAAGGCCUGCAAAUGAAUUGACAGUCAGUCCGCGUCCGGCUCACACAAAUUCACAGCCCAACUUCUUAGAGACGUUGCUAUCGUAUCCUAAAAGUUGUCAUCAAAGCAGCUCUUUGAGCAUCACGAAAACUACCGAGGAGCCCUUGAAUCUCGGUAAAACGUCAAAGACGCCGGUAAAUAGUUCCAAAGUUCCAAACCCAACAGACUCAAGAAGACUGAGUGUCGACUCAAAGAAUUUCAAAGAUAAGCAUGCACGAAUGAAUGAUAUCACGUUGAAAGCUUUGCUAAAUCAAAAUAAAACUUCAGCACCCGAAAAGAAAGCGAAAAAAUACGAUUUAAAAGAGGAGGAGCUUUCAAAUGUCGACACUGCAACUAGAUCUAAACUCUUAGAACUACUCACAAGCAAACAAACAAUGAGCGAAACGAAUCAUCCUCUAGCUCAGUUGAAAGAUAUUAUGUCUAAUCCAGAUCUCAUAGUACCUGACCCUCUCUUAGUCCCCCGGGCACGACUUCCGGCUUUAAUUGCCAAUCCAGCUCGCGAAAUACCACAGCUCCUCUCACGAAAACAGGAAAAAUUGUAUCCAAAGCCAGUUCCUGACCCAGAUCUUUUAGUUGUCUCUUUGGCGCAUCUGCAAUCUAUGCUUCAGAAAUCUGGAGCCGAGGCCGAAAGUUGGCUCAAAUAUCAGCAGCAAGCCCGGCUCCUCCAGUCCCAGAUGCAGAAAGAUCAGUUCGCCUCUGGUUUAGAUCCUGCAUCUGUCUCUGCUUUGAAUCAAAUGCUCUGGCUACCAUAUCUCAAUCAAUUAGAGGCAGCCGGGGCUAAUUAUGGGAAUAAUCAAGAGCUGAUUAAUAUGCUUGGAAUGAUGACCCCAUCCCCCCACAACCAUAACUAUUAUCAGAUGAAUCCUUUCAUGGUCACUCCUCCAAGCACACCCCCCAUGAGCAGCAUGGAUUUCCAACAGCAAAUUGAAUUCCAGAAGUCGCUGGGCAUGUGGCAAGAAGCAAUAAUGAAAUCAUCCUCUAAUCAGUUUAUUCACGAUUUUCAUAAUAACAACAUAUCAAAACCUUUCACCCCGAUGGAGUCGAAUAUGAAUGCACUGGCAGCCCAACAUUACCGACAUCUGCUGGAGUCGACUCAUCCUGGCAGCAUGACAUCGGCUCGCACGAACCCGAUUUCGCCAAAUUAUCAAAAAGGUAAAUUACGAUUUCCUAAUAGUGAGCUGCACCUUAGCCCGCACCCGCACCCUCACGCUCACCCUCAGCCCCACCACAAUAGCCUCCCUCAUAUUCCAACGUCGGCGACGUCCACCUCUUGCUCCUACCAACGACAGACGUCCACGCCGAGCACCUCUCUCAACGCUCCCGCCCGCUUGUCAACUGGUCGCCAUCGCCACCAUAAUCCUAUUCAUAAGACUGAUGUCCCGAAAUCUAGCGAUAGAUACUCGUCCGGUGGCGCGGACUGGCACAAGCCGUCGCUUCCUCGCGAAGACCAUCAUAGUCCUCUGCCAUGCAAAUCCCCCAAAAUCAAGAGGAUCGAGAACCAUCCUGACACCAAACAUCCAAAUAUUUUACCAAACCUCAAUAUCGAGAUUCCUUGUGUUGAAAAGUUACCGCAAAAUACGGCUUUCAUGUCCCCUCCGCUAACGCGCGAAGCACCUGUCGAUCUUUCCGAAAUUAAGAAACUUCCCACGGUGCCAAAAUUAAAGGUGAAGCAACACCUCGUCGAUCCAAACGCGAAACCGAAGCUUCUCAAGAUCGAGGACCAGCCAGAGAUCGGGAGCACGACACAUAACGAGGAGGAUCCACAUCUCCAGCUGUGGCACCCCUUUUUUGGAAGUCAAGAGAAUUACCGAAGUCCGUGGCAGUGGACGACACCAGUGAGCGUUUCGAGCGAAUGAAAUGGGGCGAUCGGUGACCAAAGACAUUGUUGGUGACCUGCUUUGCGAUCGGCGAGCUGCUUUCGUCAAGACUAAUGGAGCUUCCUCUCCCCCACACUGCUGCAGACUUGUUUCCUCUGUUGAACCCACUCUCAUCAAUUCAUCAUCAUCGUCAUGCAUCAUCCUCAUCGUUGUCGUUUUCAUCCUCAUUCUUUGAAAAUAUUAGUAUUCUUUGAGUUUAUUUUCUAUUUUCAUUUCUCUUUCUAUUGUUGCCCUGUGUUUUUACUCAUAUAUCUCUUUUAGUGAGUCUACUCCACGCGAUGUUGAUGUUUGUUAUUAUUUGUUUAAUUAACUAAGUUGUCUUAUUUUUAAGUUAUCCAUCAUUUCUGUACCUAAGUAGUAUUUAUAAUUAAUUUAAAUCAUAGCACCAGUGUAUGAUGCCCGGUGGCGUUGCUAAAUUGUUCCUGAUGAAGAACCUGGUUGGCUCCUGCCAAAGGAGCACAUUUUACAACCCCUCCCACCCCAGCUCCCACCUCCACUUACUUAUAUUUCUUUCUCAGUAUCCGCCGCCGUCCCUCCAUUCUCAUCUUAAAAAACUAUUGUUUUGAAAAAGUCCAUACAACUAUUUCCUCCAACGGCCAUGUCCGCUAAGUAAGAAGCUCCAAUCUUAAUUCCUUACUUAGAAUGCAUAAUUUAUACUUAAUUCAUAUGCGUCUUUGAUAAAGAUUUUUAUUAAAAGUUAUAGCACAGACUGAGCUGAAGACAAUCAUUCUUUAAUAAUGGGAUUCAGUACGUCUAAAAAAAAAUACGAUCAAUAUAGUGUCUACGCGGAACUUACUUGGGGCACGCAUUUUUAAAUACCUAGUACUUAAAAUCCGUCUCAUGCUCAUAAUGAAACGCAUCGGUCUACAUUCUUCUCUCAGUUUUAAAAAUAUUUUCCUUCACCCCCCCCCCCAAAAAAAAGAGCGAGAGAAAAAAUAGAGAGGCUACUUGCAGUUUAAAAAGUACAUUCGACUGAGGCAAUACAUUUUUUGAGGUAAAUGCUCAUUCAACGAAUGGUUCUGAUUUGUCCUUCCCUUUCAAAGACUUGUCAACACACGUUAUUCACUACUUACGAAUAAAAUUUCAUUGACCUUCUAUUGUGUAGAAAUCACCGCUAGGUACGUACAUACCGUGCGCAUGUAUACGCAUACAGAGCUAUAAUCCAGCGGACAUUAUAUAGGCCCUCCUUUCCCGAUUUUGUCCAAACAAAAGUCUCCUUCCUUGGUAUCGAGAGGAAAAUAAAAGAAGAAAAACGAAAUUCCUCCUCUUACCCAUAGCUUAUCCUUACGCAUAGCAACGCCCAAAUACGAUAUUUUCUCUAAUAAAUACAUCUAAAGUAUGACGUGAGAAUAUUUUGUGAUUAGCUAGUAAGUAAUUGCCAUUCUAGUCGCAUCUUGAUGAUUGUGUGCUGCGAAUUAAAUUUAAAUUGAAAGCGAAAAUUAGGUAGGUAUAAAAAGCUUCUAAGUUUACGCUUAUGAUCAAAAUGUACUGUGUCUGUCGCAGGUUUUAUGCUAACAGUCAAAUGAGCGCAAUGAAAAAUUAUUUGCCACAGGUUCUCAUUUGAAAAUCUAUUUUCAGCCAUGAUUUUCUAAGAAAGAAAAAAAGAAAAAAAUUAAAGAGGAUUAUGGAGAGGGAGUUUAGAUUAAAAUUCCUGGGUGCUCUCGAAAAGUUCCUUGAAUGAAAAUCUCAUCAAGAAAUCCUCUUGAGUCUUAAUCUUUCGCUUCGAUCACUAAAUCGAUGGUGGAAUCAUGAAAA